CAACAUUGUACAUUGGCGACUGGUCUGCGCAAACUUCUACAGGCCUGUCGCAAGUGCUUGCAGUCGGUAUCAUCGCCCGGUCACUCUCUUUCACGCCCCUUAACGCCCACUAUGGCUCCUCGUUCGUCUGUUCGCGUCGGACGCGAAGAUGUCAACUACUCCGCGGUUGGAAAGCUGGGAAGGUGAGACUUUGCGAGCACAGCAUGAAGUGCCCGACUGAUCCAAUACAGACGCACCGGAGUCACGCUCGAGCAAAGACCUCUCGAUGCUAACGGAAUGGAGGAAAUCACUGGCAUCUUCUCAUCCCCGCGCAAGCCAUCUCCCUUGAAGAAUAUGAUAGUUAUGGAGAGUGUGGAAGAAGCAGAAUCCGCCUUGACUCCUGCGCAGGCUCCGUCAAGCACUCGAAGAUCGACUCGCGCUACGCCAAUGCGGCCUCCCCGGUCAUCGUCGCCCAAAAAAAGCGGUAUCAGCGGCACUGCUCGGCGAAGCCAGAACGUUGAUAUAUUCUCGACGAGAAAAAGCCUGCAGCCGGAAGAUCCUGAAGACCGUGAGAACACCCCGACCGGUACCACCACCCGGCUUAUACAACAGUUCACACCCACACCCAGUCCGGAAAAGUCACCUUUACGGGAUAUUACCAUGAAUGGCAGCUACACAAAUGGUAGAGCCAGGCUUAGUAUGGUGGAAAUAGAAAGAACGAGUGAAAAUGCGCCUUCCAUUGAGGAAGACGAGCAAGAUACUUACGCCGAGGACGUGCAAGAGGCGGCAGUGACUUCACAUGUGACUGAAGCUCACACACCCGUUUAUGGCGACGAUGGGGAUGUCGCGGUAUUCGACAACGAGGAGCGAGGAGCAUCUGAAGAGCUGGGCAGCCCUUCCAAACAAUUCGACGACGAAGAGGUCGAUCGGACAUUUGAGCCUGAACCCUCGGUGGGCCCUGUAGUACACAAUCAGGCCAAUUCUCGGAAGAAGCGAAAAUCGGACGUUUUCGAGCACGAUGAAGAAGCGGCCCUUUCUCCUGUACUUCAAAAAGCUCGUAAAACUCAAAGACAGGGACCAAAACCCGCGCCGGAACCGUCUCACGCUGCCCAAGAACAGUUGUCAUCGAAAGCGAAAGGCAAAAAACCGCUGAGAAACAAAGACGCCAACAUCAAGAUGUCUUCACGGCAGCAAAAACAACUCGACGAUAUCAUAGAGAAAGUGAAAGCAAGGCCUGGUCCACCCAGAUCGUUAUACAUUCUACACCGAGAAACGCCCGCCGAUGACACAGUAACUCAUACCAGAAGCGGUCGCGUAAGCAUCAAGCCAUUGGCAUACUGGCGCAACGAGCGGUGCGUUUAUGGUGGCAGCCCUAGGAGUGGCGGUCUGGCGGACGGCGCUCGCUUUCCCCUUAACAGCAUAAAGGAGGUUGUCCGAACAGAAGAGGUCGAACCGAGUAUGCCGAAAAAGGUCAAAAAGAAGAAAACUGGCAGAGGCAAGAGCAGAUCACGUACCAUAUCAGCCGAGGAUUCGGACCCUUCUGGCUCUGAUUGGGAUAUGGACGAUGCGCCGAAAGGAGACGCCCAUGCUGAACCCUGGGAAACCGAAACCGGUACGCUGCGUGGUACUGUGUCGAUAUGGGACCCGUCAGAACAAGCACCGCUGGGAGAAGAGGAGGAAAUUGAAAUCGCACAUGCCCCGGCAGCUAUUAAGACGCGCGAAGUCAAGGCUUCUAGUCUUCAUGAGGGUCCAACAUUCAGAUAUGCGAAACUGCUCAGCACGAAAUUCUUCGGUACAGGACUGGUGGAUCUGCCUCCUGGUGGCAUCAAGCGGCCCAAGAACAGCCGGAAAAUGCAUAUGAGCUUUUUCGUGGUGAAGGGACGUGUAACGGUCAGUGUCGGCCCUAUGGGGGCCGAUGAGACUGGAAGCAUGAACCGGUUCAGUAUUGGGAAAGGGGGCUAUUGGCAGGUCCCGAGGGGAAACCAAUAUUCAAUUGAGAAUGAACUCGACAAGCCGGCGCGGAUAUUUUUCAGUCAGGGUUGCGAAACCUCGUCUGCCGCGGAUGAGGAAUGAGUGUUUGUCAAGAUCAGACCCGAAUGUACCAGGAUCUUGGUCAUCUAUGCCCAUAAUGUCUGAUUGCCAUCUUCGGGUUGAUGAGGCAAACACUCACUGAACUGUGAAUGCUUGAACCUUGUGAAUGAAAUGAGGCCUGGCGAUCAUAGAGCUGCUGUGCAGCCAUGCUGCGCGUGUACAGUAGGCUGCAACGUUAAUGAGAAUGCUUGGGAGGAAGUUGGAUCUUCCAGGCACAUUAUGUAUAGCGCCUUAGAAGAAGCCCCAUCUCCGCAUUAAGGAAG